AGGAAGAGGAGAAGGAGGAAGAGGAGGAAGCAGCAUCAUCAGUCGGACUGCCGGCGGAUCACGGAGCCUCCUCUCCCGCCUGUGAGCUCCUCCUGCCGGACCCAGAGGAGCCGCAGCCCCGCAGAGCCAUGGAGGAGGAGAGCAGACUCACCUCCUGCACCGGGUCCAGCCUCCUGCAGCCACUCAGCGACAUCACCAGCCUGCCUCUGGACCAGGUGAACUUCGUGGCGUGUCAGCUGGGUGCGUUGCUGUCGGCCUUCUGGUUUCGUCUCUUCCUCCCUCCCAGCAGCACCCGGCCCCUCACCAGACACCUGGUGGCCACCGGCCUGGGGCUCUACUUCGCUUUCUUCUGCUUCGGAUGGUACGCGCUUCACUUCCUGCUGCAGAGCGGACUCACCUACGUCAUCAUGUUGCUGACCGGAGCCCAGCACAUGCACAA